AUUGUAGAGAACCAAUCAUGUCGAAUGAAAUUAUGAAAAAAUUACCCGAGGAUGUGAUAAUUUAUAUACUUUUAAGAUUUUCAGUGAAAUCUCUGCUAAGAUUCAAAUUCAUCUCCAAAAGUUGGUAUACUCUUAUACAAUCCUGGAGAUUUAAAAAUAUUCAUAUCAAUGGCACUACAACAACCAACAAUGAAUUCAUUAUAUUUAGUCGUUCCUUCAAAAAAACUCAAGGAUUUAAAAAUGUGUUGUCUAUUAAUUCUAGCCAUGAUCACAAUGAUCUUGUUUUACUAGAUCUUGAUCUUCCAUAUCUAAACUUCACUCGUGGUUUUAAUGAACUCGUUGGUCCCUGUAAUGGUUUGAUUGUUUUGACGGAUAAUGAUGUUAUUAUCUUAUUUAAUCCAGCUACUAGAAACUAUAUGUCACUCCCACCUAGCCCUUUUGUUUGUCAAAAGGGUUUUCAUCGUAGCUUUAAAGGUGGCAUUGGAUUUGGUUUUGAUUCGAUUGGAAAUGAUUACAAAUUUGUUAGGAUUUCAGAAGUAUUUUUGGAUGCUUAUUGGGGUCCUGAGAAGCAAGAGAAAAAAGUAGAGGUUUACGAUUUGUGCAUUGAUUCAUGGAGAGAUGUGACUGCUGAUAUGGAUCAACAGUUCCCUAGUGUGUUUAGUAAUCCAUCUUUCGAGAUACUUCAUCAUGGAAUAUUUCAUUGGUAUGGAAAAAGAGAUCGAAUAUAUGUAAUUCUAUGCUUUGAUAUUAGUACUGAGAUUUUUCACAUAAUGAAUAUGCCUGAUUCUUGUAAUGUAUUUGAUGGUAAGUGUUAUAGCCUCACAGUCUUGAAUCGGUUGCUAACAUUGAUUUGUUAUCCAAGUAGCAAUAAUGACCUCAAUCAACAUACCAUGGACAUUUGGAUAAUGAUGGAGUAUAAUGUACACCACUCUUGGACUAAAAUGUAUAUCAUUAAACCUUUUCCUAUUGAAUUUCCAUUAACAACUUGGAGGGAUCAUUUAUUGCUUCUUCAAAGUAAAAGUGGACUUCUCAUUUCCUAUGAUCUCAAUUCCAAUCAAGUCAAAGAGUUCGACUUACAUGCUUAUCCAAAAAGUUUGAGAGUUAUAGUUUUCAAGGAAAGUUUGAUUUCUAUUCCAAAAAGAGGACCCUAAGUAUCAAGGUGCAACUCUUUUACAUUAUCUUCUUUAAAUAGCACAUAGUUUUCAAAAAAAAAAAAAAAGAAUUUUCCAUGAAUAUUUUAGAACUUUUUUGUGGUAAAUACUCUCCAUUUGAAAAUAAAUAAUUUCUUUGAGGUGUGGAACACACUUAAGAAAAUUAGUUUAAGAAAAUUAGUUAAGACGAUACAAGAAAAAACCCAAUUACCAACUAAAAAUUUGUUGGUAAAUUGAUCAAAUCACUUGUCAAAUUUAGUCACCAACUGAUAUUAAUUUUUUUUUUUUGCA